AUGAGGAUUUUGUACAUAAUCACCGAGUACAUGAAAAAUGGCUCGUUGCUUGGUUACUUGCGCAAAAAGGGUGAACUGUUGAACAAAACCGAUUUGUACGAGUUUGCAGAACAGAUUGCAGGUGGCAUGGUUUAUUUGGAAGAACAAAAGUACAUCCACCGCGAUUUGGCAGCCCGCAAUGUCCUAGUUGACAAUUUGUUUCGUGCCAAGAUCUGCGACUUUGGUCUCACCCGAGCAAUUCAGGACGAGAUUUACGAAUCUAGAAGUCGCGUCUGUGCCCUGAAAUGGACAGCUCCCGAGGCUCUGGAAUUCCAAAAGUACACGCACAAAUCCGAUGUUUGGAGUUAUGGAAUUGUACUCCACGAGAUAUUUUCUUUGGGCAAAAUACCAUAUCCUGGAAUUAAUGGGUUGGACAUACUUGAUAAUCUGAGGAAUGGACAUCGGAUGGCAAAACCGGAUUUGGCCAGUGUGGAGAUCUACGAGUUCAUGAUGAAGUGUUGGGAUUGGGAUGUGGGCAGGAGGCCAGAGUUUAGGCAGAUUCAUGAGUUCAUGAAGAAGUUACGUUAUAUGGAAUAUAUGCGCAGCAAAGAGGAGGAUGCGCAAAGACCUGCACUGUAUAUUAUUAAUGAAUAG